AUGUACGCGGACGGAUGCGCGUCGAGCGAGGCGCGCGCGUGCGUCGUCGUCGUGCCCGGUCUCGGCGACGGGCCGGCGUCGCUGUCGUACGUCGCGCGAGGGUCGGCGUUGGAGGCGCGGUGCGCGUCGACGGCGCGCGCGCUGAUUCGGUUCGAGCUGUCGACCUCGUACGAGGGCUACGGGACGCGACGGCUGCGCGACGACGCGCGCGAUAUCGACGCGGUGAUUCGGGCGCUGCGCGUCAAGUUUCCGCUCGCGACGUCGUUCGCGUUGGUCGGGCACUCCACGGGGUGUCAAUCGAUAUGUCACUACCUGGCGAGCGGUUACGACUCGGCGUCGGCGGUGGAUCGAAUCGUGUUGCAGGCUGGCGUGAGCGAUCGGGAUUGGUACGACGCGGAUUGCGGGCGCGAGGUGAUGCGAGAGUGGGUGGCGCGCGCGCGGGAGAUGGCGCCGGAUGAUUUGAUGCCGGCGGACACGCCGGGAACGUACGGCGUCGCGACCAACGCGAGAAGGUUUCUCAGCCUCGCGAGCGCGGGAGGCGACGACGAUUGGUUUUCGCUCGACAUCUUCGACGGCUCGUCGGGCGAAGGGGUGGAGUCGUCGAAAAUCGUGCGCAAGUUGGGCGCUGGUGCGUGCGCUCGCGUCGACGUGCGUUUGGUCGUUUCGACGGCGGAUGAGUACGUGCCGUACGAUAGAGACGUCGUCGUCGCGCACAACGAACGCAUCCGCGACGCUUUCGCACGCGUGGCGAAGAGCGCGCGCACGCAUUACAUCGAGGCGAACCACGAUUUGAGCGACAUGGCCGAGAAAGACGCGCCCGGUUUCGUCGAUUUCGUCUUGUCAUAGAAAGAAUAGCGGCUAGAUUUGCUAGUGUACAAUAUGUUUCUGUGCGGUUCAAUUUCUCUGUUCAGCGCCGUCUUGCUGGCGCUUUCUUUUUAUCUUUCGCCUUGCCCAAGCCCAAGCCGAAGAGCGCUUCCGCCUCUUUCUCCUUCGCUUCUUCGCGUUCGCGCGCGCGGCGCUCAUCCUCUGUUUCUUCUCGCUCGUAAACGCUCGCGGCGUACGCCUGCGGCGCACCCCGUUUCUUCGGCGACUUAAUCUUCGCGUUCGCGUUCAAUCCCACGACGAACUGCUUCCUAAACGAUUUGAAAUUCGUCUUAGAUUCCGGCGACGACGCCUUCGUCUCCGCGACGGCGACGCGAGGCGCGAAACCAAUCGUCACCGUCUCCGCCUCCCCCAAAACCUCCACGCCCCUGCGUUCGCGACUUCGCAUCAUCUCCCCCCCAUCAUCCGUCACCAACACCGGCGCGAUCGCAUCGUCAUCCGGUUCCGUCGCGCUCCCUUCGUCCGGCUCCGUCGCGCUCGCGUCGUCCUCCUCGAACCGCGCUCGCACGUACGUCCCCCCCCUCCCCACCGCGAUCUCCACCG